AUCCCUCGAACCUUUGCUCUAACCGUGCAUUAAUAUCCUUACUCACUCAUUGACUACAAGUACAUGCUUGCGAAACUAGUGCUCUUGCUGCUCCUAUGCAGCAGCAGCAGCGUUGUUGUUGUGAAACGCGCGGAGAGUUCAAUAUCAACUGUAACUCGAAUCUCGUAAUGUACUGGGGUCAGAAUAGCCACGGUGUAACCAACCCAGGCGAGAAUCAGCUACCACUAGACGAGUAUUGUGACAAAGAGUCGGGCGAUGUCCUGGUGCUCUCAUUCCUGUCCGAGUUCAACGCCGAUGGCUUGCACCCGCCGGGUCUGAAUCUAGCAAACGCGUGCGUCACAACCUUUACCAACACUACAUUGCUUCACUGUCCGAAUAUUGGCAGGGCUAUCACCCACUGCCAGAAACAGGGAAAAAUUAUUCUUCUCUCCAUGGGUGGUGCCGCCGGCGCCUAUGGGUUUGCCGAUGAUACGCAGGCUGAGCGAUACGCCGACAAGCUUUGGGACCUAUUCCUUGGUGGUAACUCUAUGACCCGGCCAUUCGACGAUGCGAUAAUUGACGGUGUGGAUCUGGACAUCGAGGGCGGGUCGUCGAUCGGUUACGUGCGGUUUGUGCAGCGCAUGCGCGAGCGAUUCAUCGAGAUUCCGAACCGUCGGUUCUAUGUGUCCGCUGCUCCACAAUGCCCAUACCCCGAUUUCUACACCGGCCCAGUUCUUGACAACGCCUACCUCGACAUGGUGUUUGUGCAGUUCUACAAUAACUACUGUGGCGUCGACAAGCCUAACUGGUUCAACUACGAGCAGUGGCAUAACUGGGCGACCAAUGUUGCACCGAACAAGGAUGUCCGCAUCUAUAUGGGCGUUCCUGGAUCGCCGACUGCUGCCUAG